AUGGUACGGCCGCGGCAAAAAGCGCAGCAGCAGCAACAGCAGCAGCAAUCGGAGCGGCAGGCCCAAGACGAGGAUCAGCAGUGUUAUCGCCGUGCGCAGGAUGAACACAAGCAGUAUUUACGGACGGAAUCACAUCAAGAGCAAGAUCCGAAUCAGUUGAGGCAGGAACAACAGCAGCAGCCCCAGACAGAGUGGCAACGGAGCAGUCUACAGCAGCAAGCCGAGCAGCAGCAGCCGCAGCAGCAACAGGAGCUGCAGCCUUCUGCUGCACCGCCUCGAGUGCACGUGAAAUUCUUGGGCGGCAAACGUGCGAGAGGUCUCGUUGCAUCCGAACCCAUCGAAACCGCGGAGGUCAUUUACACGGAGGAGCGUCCGCUUCUCGCAGUGCAGCACGAAUUCUCGCGGUUUGUCAAGGGCGUAGGGCUAUGUGGGCUGACCUGCUGCAACUGCUUGCGCUUUGUGGGCUCGCUGAAGGACUGUAUCCGCCACGUUCUCACCCAGGCAGGGCGGCAUGAACCUCUGGCGGACCUGCAACUUUUGCCCGAAACCUUCAUCGAGAAAGCAGGGCUCUCGUUGGGUCCAGUAGUCCCCUGCGGGGAGUCCGACUGUCCGGCAGUGUUUUGUUCCCAAGAAUGCCGCGAGCACGCUCGUCGCGAGACCUUUCAUCGAAUGGUUUGUGUGGAGGCGGCGGAUCGCAGCGCCUGGCUUGUAUUCCUUUCUCACGCCAGAAGGCACCAUGAUGGACUCAUGAUGGCAGGUGCCUGCGUAGCCCAGGUUGUGUUUGAGGUGUUGUUUAAGGGCCGGCAGUUCGCAGAUGCACUUCGUCCUUUCCGGCAGUUUUAUUCUGCUCCCUGGGAGUCGCUGGCGCCUGACCGCGUCGCUGCAGGGGGGUCUUCAGCGUCCCUUAGGGGCUCCCGUACAGAGACUGCCGAGGGGAGGAGGAGUCUCCUUCUCGAGUCGCUGGCCCUUUUAAAGAGGGUCCUCGACCCGAUCAUCAGCUGCUAUGGGGACCCAUCACUGAGGGACACACUUGACAGCAUUCUGCAGCUUGAUUCUUAUUCACGCCUCCUGGGGACUUUCGCCCUAGUUUGUCUCGAUGUGGAGUUCCCUCAUCCGCUCAAUCGUCGUCUGCUCGACUUGCAGCGAGCCCUUUCGCGGUUCAGUCACCGCCGACCAGAUCACCCAGAGGGCCUUUCAGGAGUCCCCAUAGAAGUACCUCCUCCAUCUGGACCACUUCAGGGGUCUUCCCCUGAGCUACAGGAUACUUCAGCUGAGGAUGAGCAACACGCUCCUGUGCUACGGAAAGUCAGGGCCUUGCGGUCCAUUGACGCGGAAGAGGAAGUGACUGUCUCCUACAUAGACGAGGCCCUGCCCCUCCACGAACGGCGCCAGAUGCUGCAGAAACACUACGGCUUCUCUUGCACGUGUCCCCGCUGCGUUGUCGAAGCUACCGAGGCCCUGCUAGUUGUCAUGAAGGCCCCCGAAUGCGCCGAUGGAGCUAAGCUUGAGGAGCUUGUGGCGCGGAGGACGGGUUUGCCCCUGGCCGUUGUCACGGAAGUCAGGCAAUAUUCACGACGGCUCACCAAACCCUAA